AUGGUCACAGUCGCUGUUCUGGUAGAGUGGAGGUUCAUCAUAGAGGACAGUGGGGAACAGUGUGUGGUGCUGAAGUCAGGCUUGUUGGAGGUUCUCGCUGCUCUGGGAGGUCAUAAACCUUCCAGACUGGUUAAUGGAUCUCACCUCUGCUCUGGGAGGUUAGAGAUACUUGAUGAUCAGAGGUGGGUUUCAGUGUGUGCUGCUGCCUUUGACCAGCAGGAUGCAGAGGUUGUGUGUAGAGAGCUGGACUGUGGGGUUCCUGUACAGGUGCUGGGAGAAGCUGCUUUUGGCAAAGGAGACGCUCAGAUGUGGAAACAAGAGAUUCAGUGCAGAGGAAAUGAAUCUCAGAUUUCAUUUUGCUCAAUAUCAUCACACAAACACAGCUGCACCAGUGACAAUAAUGUGGGACUGAUCUGUUCAGCUUACACAGAGGCCAAACUGAUGAACGGUUCAGACUCUUGUUCUGGUCGAGUUGAACAUCAAUAUCUCAAUGAGUGGGGCACAGUGUGCGAUGCAUGCUGGGAUAUGAGAGCUGCCAGUGUCCUCUGUAGACAGCUGAAUUGUGGGAUUGCUGUGUCUGUUGUGGGAUCAGACUGGUUUGGAGAAGGAAGUGGUGAAAUCUGGGCUGAUGUGUUUGAUUGUGACGGGAAUGAAACAAAACUCUCAGAAUGUUCCAUCUCUUCAUGGAGUCGAGCUGAAUGUUCUCAUAGACGAGAUGUUGGAGUCAUCUGCUCUAAUUCAUCUCUGGCUGUUCAUGAUGGUCUGGUGCGGUUGUCUGGAGAGAGACAGUGUGAGGGGGAGGUGGAAGUUUCCAUCCAUCAGGUCUGGAGGAGAGUUCUGCUGGACUCCUGGAGUCUCACUGAAUCCUCUGUGGUCUGCAGACAGCUGGGCUGUGGCUCUGUGCUGAACUUCUCCGGCUCCUCUUCAUCCAGUCCUGAACACAGUCAUGAGUGUGUGACGGGCUUCCAGUGCUCUGGGAGUGAAGCUCAUCUGGGGAACUGCAGCUCUCCACAAACUCUCAACUGCAGCUCCACACAACAGCUGUCAAUCACCUGCCUUGGUCACGGGUCCAUCAGGCUGGUGGGUUCUGGGGGAGACUGUGCAGGGAGGCUGGAGGUUUUUCACAGCGGCUCAUGGGGGACAGUGUGUGAUGACUCCUGGGAUAUUAAAGAUGCCCAUGUGGUGUGCAGACAGCUGCAGUGUGGAGUGGCCCUCAGUAACCAGCAGGUACCAGCCUGGUUUGGUCCUGGUUCUGGACCCAUAUGGCUGGAUGAGGUGGAGUGUGAGGGGAAUGAAACGUCCCUGUGGAGCUGCUCUUCUCCAGGCUGGGGAAAACAUGACUGUCAACACAAGGAGGAUGUAGGAGUCGUGUGCUCAGAGUUUAAAGAGAUCAGGUUAACUGAGGGCUGUGAAGGAAAUGUGGAGGUUUUCUACAAUGGAUCCUGGGGUAAUGUGUGCUGGAACCAGAUGGACAGUGAGACAGUGAGUCUGAUCUGUCAAGAGCUAAACUGUGGAAGAUCUGGAGCUUUUUCCAGUUCUAUAGCAAGAGUGAAAUCAGCUCCUAACUGGCUGGAUGAAGUGAAAUGUCGACCACAUGAUUCAAAUCUGUGGCUGUGUCCAUCUUCAACCUGGGGACAGAAUGACUGUAAUGAAGAUGAAGUGGCAAAAAUCACCUGUUUGGAACAGGAGAGUCAUGAAUCCUCUAGAAGCUAUUUGUCGUGCUCCACAUCUCCACAUCAGAGACAGUGUUCAGAGCAUGUUCCUCUCAGACUGAGUGGAGGGGAGGGCCGGUGCUCUGGGAGGCUGGAGGUGUAUCAUAACGCUGUGUGGGGCUCAGUCUGUGAUGAUCUGUGGGACAUCAGUGAUGCUCAGGUGGUCUGCAGACAGCUGGGUUGUGGAGCAGCACUGAGGGCUGAUGGGAAUUCAGCCUUUGGUGCUGGUGAAGGUGUUGUGUGGCUGAACAGAGUCGAGUGCAGAGGGAAUGAGAUUCACCUGUGGGACUGUCCUCUCUCCCUGAAGAACCACACUGACUGCUCCCACAAAGAGCACGCUGGACUCACCUGUGCAGAUUUGCCAGAUUUGUCAGUGUCCACUACUCCUGCCACACCAACAUCAUCUUCUCCUCCAGUUUCUCAGACAGUGAGCUCAACAUCAGUCACUCGUCCACAAACUCCUCCAGCAGCGUCUCUCUCUGUGCUUGAGAUUGUACUGGGAGUUGUGCUCUUACUGCUCUUAGUGCCACUGCUUAUACUGAUUCAGCAGAACAGAGUGAUGAGGAGAGGUAGGAGAGAUCCAGAGACUGUCAUAUUGUGUCUUAUUCAGUGUGUGAUCAGUCAUGUGUUGUGAACUGACAGCAGGUUUGUCUGUCUACACUCACAGCUCUCUCUAAGAGGAGACACAGGACCACGACUGAGGCCGUUUAUGAGGAGAUUCAUCACAGACACAAUCUCUUCACUCAGAGGGGAAGUGUCCUUUCUACUGAACAGCAUUCUGGGUAUGAAGAUGCUGAUGAGCUUCUUUCAGCAAAAUCUGCAGUAGGAAUGAAGACUGACUACUAUGAUGAUGUCACCACCACUGAAGUAGAGCAACAAAACACACCAGAGAAUUAUGAUGAUGUAAUCAUUGCUGAACGGAGACAUCAUGCUACAGAAAACUAUGAUGAUGUCGUCACUGUACGGCAGUUCUCCAAUGAUAAAAAAGAGGGCGAUCAGGAGGAGUAUGAUGAUGUGAAGAACGUCGGGGAAUAUAUGAGUGACAAGUUUGACUAUGAUGACGUGGAGGAAGCUCCAGGAACACAUGGAAGGGCUGUAUAACUCAAACCACACACACCGCCUCAAAUCAAAGUGUUUAAGUGGUCUGAAAAGUGUUUAAGAUCCUAUACUGUAUGUUUUACCUGCAGUCCAGCAAUGUUUUAUGUUGCACUUUGUAUUGAAAUCUUCUAAUUCAGCUACAAUUUCUGAAAAAAAAAAAAAAAAAAAAAAUGCAUUGCUUUAAAAUGUUUGAAUUGUUUUCCAGAGGUUUUUGCAGAUCAUGCUUUUUUUUUUUUUUUUUUUUUUUUUAGAAAUUUUAGAGAACAAAAAAACAACAAAUUAACAAUUUAGUUCUUUACUUUUAAGCCACCCCAACCACAGUCUUUAAUAUUUCACACAGCACCUUCAACUUAUAAAAAAUCCUUUUAAAUGUAGACCCACUGCUGGUGGACUUUUAUAUUUUGCUAAAAAUUGUUGGAAUUUACUUUGGGACAUAAGUUUACAAACAGCAGCUGUGAGCAAAUAUCAGAAAAGCACGUUCACUUUAUGUUCUGCAGAAGGAGUGACUGUCAGAAACACGUGACAUGCACUGUGAGCUGAAACCUUCAGUGUUUAUAACAGAGCUUUUUAAAAUGGAGACCCUGUUUGUUUCAUGUAUUUGUUUUAGAUUUGCUUCCAAUUUAAUUUUUGUUUUGAAUUGAUGUCCAUGUUUUCUAUUAAAGAGUUAAAAUCAGA